UGUCCUGCUUUCCUGGUUGGGCAACUGAUAAGAGAGAACGGAUCGACUUACGAAAUUCUACGCAUUACCACACUUAAAGGUGAUGAAAGUUAUGUUACCGUAUAUUACGUUUCAACAGAGCUUUAUUUCGUUAUGGGAGAAGGUAUGGAUCAUUGUGUUGUGGCGUUAAACGUUAUAAUCAACAUGUACAGUACAUCAUUGUCCAUACAUUUUCAUUGAUCGCUAAUUCAAGGGGAAUUUGAUUGAACAGCAAGACGUUAGUAUUCAUGGGUUAUCAAGUCCUUAAUUCUCAUGACCUUUAAAUUUAUUGUAAAUUGAUAUAAAUUAUUAUUAUUGCAAAUUAAUAUUAUCUAAAUUAUAGUCAAGAGCCAAUACGUACUAUAGGUGAAUGCUAAUCUGUAAACAUUCUUUGAAAGUUUCAGUAUCUGAUAAUUAAACAAUAGUAAAUUUAACUUCUGAAAACAAACUCAAAAAUAAUCCUGCCGCAGUAAUAAUAACAACUAUGAAAGGAAAGAAGGAAAAUCCUCAAGUAGUCGUAGUCAUUUUCCCUACGAACAUUCAUUGAAAAAACCACAGCUUUUUUUCUUUCUGUUUUUUUUAACUUUAUCAUUUUUCUCUAAAUUAUUGUUUUUCAGAUGUUCAGUAUCGUAGGAUUUUGUUUGAUGGCUUCAUCUCUGUUCAUCUCAUUUACAAUAAAACCAACAGAAGCUAGAUGUUCCCAAACCAGGGAGUUCACUAUAUUGAACUCAAACAACCAUGGUGAAAGAUGCACAAGAUGUCCAAUAUGCCCCCCUGGAAAAGGACUCGCAGUGCAAUGUGGUUCAAAAGUAAAGAAUGGAACUUUUCUUGGUUGUGAAAACUGUGAGAAUGAAACAUACAGUGAUGCUAAUGACACCUCUCACUGUAAGCCCUGUAACCAAUGUGGCUUUAGGAUAAUACACAGGAAAUGCACCUCAAGGCAAAACAGCAACUGUUCAAUGACAAGCUGCAUUCAUGGAUAUUACAUGGAUCAUGUACUAGAUCUAUGUCUACCUUUACCAGUUAAAAUACACACGACCUUGGUAUCAGUGUUAAAAAAAAAAUCACUCACUGAACCAACAGAAAUACCUGUGUCUUACAAUGAGUCUCUAGGGACAUCAGGACCAUCUAGCAAGAAUCUAAAAAAUUCUACAACUACAGCAAGGUCUAAACCUACGAAAAGCAGUACUGUUCAUCACAGUAAGGACAACAGUAAAGUUGGCGUGAUGAUACUAAUAACUGGAGGAUGUUUACUGGUUAUAGCCUUUUUAAUUUACCUGGUCCUCUUCAUUGGAAAAAAGAUGAAACAAUUCCCCUUGUACUGGAGAAAACAUUGCUGUCUUGAUCCUGAGGGAGCUGAGGGAGGUAAGAAUACCUGA